AUGGAGAAGAACUCAAGGGGGAAGCAGAGGACCCCGAAGCGCCACUGCAGGCCGAUCUCGGGGAGCGCUCCAUUCGUCAUCUGCAACAACUGCCUGCGGCUGCUCCAGCUUCCCCUGGACUUCGUGGUUGGAAAAGGGCGGCGGCGGAAGCUGAGAUGCGGAGCUUGCCUGGAAGUCCUCUCCUUCUCGUCUAUCGACGGGCUCCGUAUUUCACCGCUGAAUGUCUCCCAGUCAGAUUUUCUUCCUGCCGUGGCCGCCGGAGCCCAGAGAACCUCCAUGGAAGUGGGCCACGGUAAGGAAAUGAAGGGUUAUUCUCUUCACGAGCUCAUGGGGUACGCCUCAGCCCAUGACCUGGUUUACCAUCUACCCCAUGAUGAAGACUAA